AUGAGCAGAUGCACAUUUACAAACUGCACCAAACUUCUGGGAAAUUUUUUUGUACUCUUUGUAUUUCUAGUGGUUUCUUUUAUUUACAUCAACGUUAUUCAGCUAUAUCUCACUCAUAUAGAAGACAUCCCCAAUUUAAAUCUGAAGAUCAUCUCUUUUCUAUCUGUAUUUCAUAUCUUGAUUUUUAUGUUUCUUUGAAGCUUCUUCAAAGCAAUGCUCACAGACCCAGGCAUGGUUCCGCCUCUAUGAGGCUUUUAUAUGGGAGAUGCAGAGACCAAAAGGCGACGAUACUGCUUAAUGUGCCACGUUUUUAAACCUGAGCGAUGUCAUCAUUGCUCAGCGUGUAAUCGAUGCGUAUUGAACAUGGAUCAUCAUUGUCCAUGGCUUAACAACUGUGUAGGUUUUUUCAAUAGGAAAUUUUUUAUUCUGGUUUUAUUUUAUGUGCUGAAUUGUUUGUAUAUUGCAGUCGUGGUGCUUUCAAAGCCCGCUUAUGGCAAUUUGCUUUAUAUAAUACAUACUAGAGAUUUGCAUGCUUACUCAGAAGCAGUUUUAAUUGGAGCAUUUUUACUUUCUGCAUUGCUAUCAGUGAUGCUUACACUAUUUAUGAAGUUUCAUAUAAAACUUAUAUUGACUAACUCCACCACGAUUGAGCAAAUGGAUAAAAAAGCAGUUAAUAGGAUAGGGAUUUAUAAUAAAGGCACGUGAAGGAAUUGGAUUCAAGUUUUCGGACAAAAUCCUUGGCUAUGGCUUUUGCCAAUGACAGGUGCCACCGGAAAGCAAAUAGGAGAUGGCGUAGUUUGGAAUAAUGAAACUAGAACUAGCAUUGAUGAAUUACCGCCGAAUGAGAGCAAGCCUGCAAACAUUGCAAAGCCCUCCCCAUCAAUUCCAAUCAGAAACGAGCCUAGCGCUAGCAGUAAAAUCGUCCUAAGUCCACCUUUAAGCAAAAUCAGAAGAGACUCUCCUCCAGAUGAACGAGUCGAAGUAAAAGUUUCUCCUUCUCACGAAACUAAAAGAAAUAUUUUUGAAUCAGCAAGUUCUACAUCUACAAGAGACCAAAUGCUAACUCCCCCCCCCCUCCGUGAGCGAACAAAACCAUUAGAAAAUCGCCAUUUUUUGACCAAAAACCCACCCUCCGUGAGUGAACAAAAAUUUUUUUAAUAGAAAAAAUUUUAAUGGAAAAAAAUUUUUGAUAUAUAAGUGAUAAUUAGUAUAAUGAAAUCUAGAGCUAAUUCUGUUUAAUUUUAAACAAAUUGCGUUUUAAAACAUAAAUUUUGCAAAUUAAAUUAAUAUUUGCUCCCAAUUUUUGCAAAUUAGGAUUUUUUUAAAUUUCGAAAAAAAUAUUUUUAUAAAAUUUAUAUAUAAAUUUUUUUUAAAAAAAAAAAUUAACCCCCCUCCGUGAGCGAACAAAAUUUUUUUGUUCGCUCACGGAGGGGGCGGGGGGAGUAAGUGAUAGAGCAUAUAAAAUCCCUAUUUAA